CCUUUCUCUCUCUUUCUGCUCCUGUCUGCAGUGUGUGCUUUUCACGGUGCUAUCUGCCUUCUCGAUUGUCGAAAUGUGAACAUGCCUGGAUUUGUGCACGACAGCAGCCCGCAGACAGGAUUUGAUGGCAGGUCUUGAAGGGACGCAGUUUAACCGCGGUCUUGUUGUGGCGAGAGUUGGCGGAGAGGGUCUGGGGCACGGCGGCCCUGGCACUGGGGCACCGUGGCGCGGUUUAGGCUUUGUCACUGAGCGUUGUGUGGUGAAGGAUGAAUUUCAUCCCUUCAUCGAGGCUUUGCUGCCACACGUCCGUGCGUUCUCCUACACCUGGUUCAACCUCCAGGCCCGCAAGCGCAAGUACUUCAAGAAGCACGAGAAGCGCAUGACGAAGGAUGAGGAGCGCGCCGUCAAAGACGAACUCCUGGGCGAGAAGCCCGAGAUCAAGCAGAAGUGGGCGUCCCGUCUGCUCGCCAAGCUCCGCAAAGACAUCCGGCCGGAGUUCCGCGAGGACUUCGUGCUCACCAUCACAGGGAAGAAGCCGCCGUGCUGCGUGCUGUCCAACCCCGAUCAGAAGGGCAAGAUCCGCCGCAUCGACUGCCUGCGGCAAGCAGACAAGGUCUGGCGCCUGGACCUGGUGAUGGUGAUCCUGUUCAAGGGAAGCCCGCUGGAGAGCACAGACGGAGAGAGGCUGGUUAAGUCGCCGCAGUGCUCCAACCACGGCCUCUGCGUGCAGCCGCACCACAUCGGAGUGUCCGUGAAAGAACUGGACCUGUAUCUGGCCUACUUUGUCCACACGCCAGAAUCUGGACAAUCGGACAACUCCAACCAACAAGGAGAAGCAGACAUCAAGCCUCCGCCCAAUGGUCACUUGAGUUUCCAGGACUGCUUCGUGACGUCAGGCGUAUGGAACGUGGCGGAGUUGGUCCGUGUGUCACAGAUCUUCUCCUGUCCCUUCUCUCUUGUCUUGUCGUCAUGUUUCAAACGCUGCAGGACUGAGAUGGAGUUGUAUGCCAGUCUCCCGCGGAGCUCCAACAAGCGUAAAUCCAUUGAUGACAGUGAGAUGGAGAGCCCCGUGGACGAAGUCUUCUAUUCGGGCCGUUCUCCUGCCCCGGGAGUGUCCCAGCCCAGCGGCUGGCCCAAUGAUGUUGAUGCAGUGCAACACCAUUUGGCCAGUAUGCAGGAGAGGAAGAUAAAACACGAAAACGAUGGCGUGCAGUUUCCUUACCAUGGACUCUCGUCGCCUGGUUCUCUUAAGAAGUCGGGGAAAUUCGAUUUCAGCGCUCUGUCCGGCCAUACGAGGUCUGCACGCAUGCCGUUCACCCAUCACCCGCUGCCUAUGCUGGCAGGUGUAAGACCAGGUGAGAUCUCAGAGCCCCCCCACCCCACCUCCCACAUCCUUCCCCUUCCUGUUCUGCUCCCUCACGCCCCCUGGGUGGAUGAUGAAAGCGCGAAAGAAACGGAGGGAAUAGCAGUCUGCGUGGCAGAGAGGGUGAAAAGCAGGGCUUUGGCUGGGAGCGCAGCGCCCGCGUCUGGGUUACAGGGAGGCUCUGGAAACAUUCAUCCUUUUGGUUGUUUCCCUCUCAACACUCUCCACUACCAACCACCCCCCAUACCUUUUUUCGGAGCUAGCCUGCGUUGUUUUUUUCCAUUUGCGGGGUGUCGGUCGUGUCCGUACUCCUCACCCUGUUUGUGUCGUCUGCAGCCGAACGGGAGCGGCCAGAGCAAAAUGCCGGGCUCCUUCUUGCUGCCUCCACCCCCCCCUGUGGCGCGUCCAGUGCCCCUCCCAAUGCCAGACUCUAAAUCCAGCAGCACGCCCCCCGAUGGUGGACUCACCUCACCCACAUCUCCGUCAUACUCCACGCCAGGCUCCACAGCUCCCAACAGGUUUGUCAGCAUCGGAUCACGGGACAACAACUUUCUGAACAUACCCCAGCAGACGCAGGUGAUUCUUACUCGGUCAUAUUCAAAACUAACCUUUGAGUGUUUAAAAUCAUGCAUCUUAACACGUUAGGCUGCUGCUCCCCUCCUGACUUUCCUCGUUUCCCAUGAUGCUCUCUGUUCUGCGGUGUCGGGCCCAUCUGGAGCGGGUCUGCGAUAACUGGAGCUGAUCGGCGUGGUGUAGUUGAUUUGAGCGUUGCGAAUGUGCGGCCUCCUCCAUCACCCAGUACACUUUAGUCAUUAAUGUGUAAAGCACACCCGCCCCGGGGCGGCUCCCUGCUCCUCAACACAUGGUGACCAUCUGAAGCCGCUAACUCACCCGCUCUCACCUCCUCCCUCUGCUGGUCGGCCUCUCUGGAUUUGACCAUUUAUUUCCCUCUCUUUCUGCUUAACCGUUCCUCAUUUCUACCUUCUUUAACUAAUUUCUCGACUCGCUAUCACCCUCUGCUGGUGACUCCUGUUUUUUUUUUGUCUUCUCUCCUGUCAGUGACUUCGCAUUUGGCACAUUUUAUUCUAAAUUUUAAAAGGCAGAUAAAGAACUUUUUGUUUUAGUCCUCUCAGAGAGAAACUGCUUGAGUGUGCAAAUUAGCAGCAAGUUAUCAUAAGCAAACGUUUUGCGAAGAUUCGUUAUUUGCAGUUGCACUUAAUUAUUCAGUUGUUUU